AUGUCCUUCGGAGCACCCAAAGUCGAGAAACCCAGUCCUGCAUACCAUGGAGACUACGGUGGUCCAGGACCCAGUGCUUACAACAUGCCAACUCCCCAUCCAUACACAGCAAACCAACAGAAUCAAGCAGGGCCGAAAACUGCAGCGUACCAACAAGCACCACCGCCUCAGUACUACCAGCCCCAACACCAAUCGACACCAUAUCAGGGUCAGCCCCAGACUCAGCCUCAGAUGAUUUACGUCCAGCCACAACAACCUCAGCAGAACAAGAAACAGGAUGACAGUUGUUGUACCCCCUGCGCCUUUUUGGCAGGCUGCUGCGCCGGAAUAUUGUGUUGCCCUUGCCUGCUUUGCUGUUAA